CUUCACAGACCUGCCUCCUCCAUGUGCUGACACUGCUGCAGCAGGUUAUUACAGAGCAUAUGACACAAGCUGCUCUGCAGAACCUACUUCAUCUGCACUAAGACAACUGCAGCAGGACGAUGGCUACUUUGCAGCAUGUAUUCAGGGGCACCUUUGUGCAUUCAACAAAUACAUGUGCCAUGGAGAUUAAAGAAAAUCAUAUCCUUGGGGUUGACAGCACUGGGAAAAUUGCAUUUUUUGAAGAUGCAGGAAAACAAGCAGAAUUAUCCAAGAAGUGGGGCUUUGAUAAAACCAAGAUUGAAGAACUCGGAAAAAAUGAUUUUUUUAUGCCAGGAAUGAUUGACACACACAUCCAUGCAUCCCAGUAUGCCUUUGUUGGAUCUGCUAUGGACAAGCCUCUUUUGGAAUGGCUGGAACAUACAACUUUUCCGACAGAGGAGAAAUACAAAGACCUAAACCAUGCAAGCGACCUAUACCGUGGUGUUGUAUGUAGAACAUUGAAAAAUGGAACAACUACUGCUUGCUACUUUGCUACAAUUCAUACAGAUGCUUCUUUAUCACUGGCUGACCUCACACAUCUCUAUGGUCAAAGAGCAUUUAUUGGCAAAGUUUGCAUGGACUGCAAUACGUCAUAUCCAAAGUAUAUUGAAAGUACAGAAGAUUCUAUUAAAGAAACUGAAAGAUUUGUUGAAGCACUGAAAAAUAAGAAAUAUGCUAGAGUAAAGCCAGUUGUCACCCCUCGCUUUGCAAUAUCCUGCAGUGAAAAGCUGUUGAUGGGACUUGGUAAACUUGCACAGAAGCAUGAUAUACACAUUCAGAGUCAUAUAAGUGAGUCUACAGCAGAGAUUAAAGAAGUGUUGAGACUCUUUCCUGAUUACAACACCUAUACUGAUGUCUACAACAAAAAUAAACUUCUGACAAACAAGACAGUGAUGGCUCAUGGCUGCUAUCUCUCAAAUGAAGAACUUGCUGAGUUUAGAACCAAGGGAACCGCAAUAUCUCAUUGUCCAAAUUCCAACAUAGCGCUUUGCAGUGGCCAUCUUGAUGUAAGAAAUGUAAUAAAUCAGAAGGUUAAACUGGGGCUUGGAACUGAUAUUGCAGGUGGCUAUUCUGUUUCUAUUUUGGAUGCUAUUCGAAAAGCAAUAGAAACAUCCAAAAUUCUCUGUAUUCAGCAUCAUAAAAAUCUGAAAAAGAACAAGAAUAUGAAUAAACAUCAAAAUGAAAAACAUGCAGAAAACGGGUUCCAUAAUAUUCCAAAUGGAAAAGAAGUUGACAAUGAUUAUAAAGUUUUAAGUCAUCAAGAAGCAUUCAGACUUGCAACUCUCGGAGGAUGUGAAGCUCUGAGUAUCGAUAAAAUAACUGGAAACUUUGAAGUUAAUAAAGAAUUUGAUGCAUUGUUAAUCAACCCUGAGGUGGAUGACAGUCCUUUUGAAGUGUUUCCUAAUACACCCAUGGAGGUGGUGGUCGAAAGGUUUAUUUACCUAGGUGAUGAUCGGAACAUCAAAACGGUUUAUGUAGCCGGACGACGUGUCUUUCCUUUUCCAGAAGAUGCUUAAUCUCUAAUAAUAUUGAUUCUAAAAGCUUUAUUUGAUGUUUAGGAUGUUAUAAUUUUAUUUUAAGGCAAGUGCCUGUUUUUUCUUUAGAAUCAUGUAAUCAGUGGAUAAAAAUAGAUAAAUGAAACAGGUUUAGCAAUCAGACAAGGUGCAUAUAAAGCUAAAAUUUUAUAGCUAAAUUUUGGGUAACAUUUUUUCUUUUUGAGGUUUUUUUUACACCAUAAAGAUAACUAUGCUUGACUUGUACAUCAUACUGCUUGACCAAGGGACCUCAGCAUCCUGAAAGUAUGAAAUUGUAUUCCCUUUUAGUUUUCUUAUAUUAGAAUCAUAUAAUCAGUAGUUAAAUGCAGGGAUAUAAAUAUAUUAAAAUGUACAUUAAUAUAUAUAUACAUUUUUAUAAGCACUGUAUUGAGGUUAUUCCUCAUCUCAGGUGGUGAAAUAAAUAAAUUAAAGUUUAAUGUCCCUUUAAAACAGGUUUAGCACCUAGACCUGUUUGUCAUUUUUGUUAUUUUUUUUUUAACAAAAGGAUUUUUUUUUCUUUAAAUAUACUGGCUACUUUGGUACUAGCCCUUUUCUGCAUUUUAUCUCAUAAAAAGACAUAUAUUUACAAACCUAACAGUGGGUCAUGUAAUCAGUGGAUAAAGAUGAAUACAUAUAUUAUAACAAGUUUAACACUCAGACAAAUAUGUGGCAUAUAUAUUUUAUAAACACUGUAUUGAGGUUAUUCCUCAUCUCAGGUGGUGAAAUAAAUGAAUUAAAGUUUAAUGUCCCUUUAAAACAGGUUUAGCACCUAGACCUGUUUGUCAUUUUUGUUAUUUUUUUUUUUUUAACAAAAGGAUUUUUUUUCUUUAAAUAUACUGGCUACUUUGGUACUAGCCCUUUUCUGCAUUUUAUCUCAUAAAAAGACAUAUAUUUACAAACCUAA